AUGCCGACUCUCCUCGAUGCUCUUCGCCAGACCAGCCAGGUCGACUGCGACACUCUUGACAGUGACGGUACGGACUGGCCCAAGGCCAUCGCGUUCUUUGAGGUUUCUCGGCCACUCGCUGGCCAAUCCCUCUUACAUCAUGAGUCUUUGAUCGCAGAUGCCAUUCGAGAUGCACGGGCGGCUCUGAAAGGCCUGCAAGGCGCCACGACCUUUGAAGAGUUCGUGGUUGAGAUUCUGACGAACCCUAAGCUGUCAUACUCAACAGCUGGGACAAUUGACAACGCCCACAGAAUCAUCGACAUCUUCAAAGCACUGGCACCCGACUUUGACACAAAGAGGGUGUGCAUUAAGAUUCCCUCUACAUGGGAAGGUCUCCAAGCCUGUCGGAGUCUUGAGAUGAAAGGCAUCGCUACUCUGGCGACCACCAUGUUUUGCAUGGAGCAAGCAGCGUUGGCUGCCGAAGCACAAUGCACUUACAUUGCCCCCUACGUGAAUGAACUCAAAGUCCACUUUGAAGAGGGGUACGUGGACCAAAACAAAGCCUUCGACUUUUGUCGAGAGGCACAAGCCUACUACAUUAGCCACUCUUUCCGCACCCAGGUCCUCGCUGCUUCACUCACCUCUGUCGAUGAAGUGAUGCAGCUUGCAGGCAUUCAGAAUGUCACCAUCUCGCCCAGCCUGCUCCGCGGACUGGCUUCCACCGACCUGUCGAGCUGGAAUGGAAAGCUAGGAGAAUACUUUGCUCAAGGACCCGCGAACAAGAGCUGGGAGACGAGAGAUUACGGUGCUCUUGUCAAAAAUGAAAGCGCCUGGAGGCUCGCUUUUACCAGAAGUGGUUUCGGUUCAAGCGAAGGAAAGAUCAUCCAGGCCAUCAAUUACUUUGCCGACUUUCAAGAGAAACUGGAGGAACUGAUGGCGGAUAUACCGGUAUCGGCCGCUUUUGGCACAGGUGAACCGACUCCCCAUGUGUCGCCUGAAAAUGCCGCCAAGCGCGUCAACCCUAUCAUCACGCCUCAGGAUCGCGACUGGAGAAGGAUGCACCACACCUUUACCGAGCUGCACAAGUCCGACAGCACCCUCCAGAAGAUCUUGUCGGAUCACUUUACCUACCACGAAGCCCACAUGCUGCUAGCCUCGGACCGUGCCGACAUCAAGAGCCUUCAGGAUGCCAACACGGAGCGGUACAACACCUUGCUUCAGGGGCGCUUUCGCGGUGUCAAGAGAGACCUGGUGUCCAAACUUACCAUGAUAUACUUUGGUCUGCCCGUUGAGCCCUUGACGUCUCCUCUAGAGGAGCUGGUCAAUGAAUUUGGUCUUAAUCAACCACAUGUCCCGAUGUACAAUGUUCAGCCCCCGCUGCAUUUCCUCUCUGCCCACCAAGCCCGCAACUGGGGAAAGGAUAGUUUGCGAGGCAAGUCAAUGAGUCUACUACCUGUCCAGCAGACCACAUCUGUCCCCCAGGAGGAGCCAGUUAUGGGCCUUCGAGGAGGCGAUGAUGAUUAUCACGAUGAAAGCGAUGGCGACGACGGCGAUGAUGCCAUGGGCUAUAUUUCUCCUGACGACGAGGUCCCUGACACUUCCACUAUCCAGAGCGACUACUGGCCCCAAUUCGAACCUACCGCUCUUCCAAAGGACGAAUGGAUCUACCUAUAUGGCUACAACGGCUGCGUCCCUUUUGUCCCCCGCAAGUGGCGGUCAUACGCGAAAGCUCUUCGGCAGAUUCUUCGUUUGGACCAUUUGUCCCCUGUUUCCGGUCCCAAAACUCCUUACGACCCCAGCGACUACAUUCCUGAAGACCCCAUCGAAUACAUUCUAGUUCACUUUAACCGAAAGACCAACAAGGCAACGACGAUAGACGAUGAACUGUACCUGACCGAGGAUAGCCCCGCCAUGAAGUAUCUCUUGGAGCACUUCACCGGUGACACCACCACCGACCACGAAGACUGUUGCGCUUUCUUUGCGACGUACGCAGAGGAGCGCCCGCCACAUCCUCGCCACUGGGAGCCUCAUCCGGAGCAGUUUGAAACGGACUUGGUCAAGAUCGGUCAUCAUGUGUUUGACGCCAAGAGCGGUCCUGGAAAGAAUGCCAUCAGCUACGCCUACAUAGCUUUCCCCAAAACCAAGACGGCAACCUUCACCAUCGAUAAGUUUGGCUGCAACCAGUUCAAUGCCAAUUUUCGGAUGGCAAUGGAUGUCGUGCUUGGCAAGUCUCGCUCCCUCACAUCAGAACAUGGAUUGCUUCGCCUUGUGGACAGGAACAAGCCGGACACGGAGAUCUUGCCGCCUAUUGUUUUUAAUUCCAUGGGCCAGAUGCAGUGGGUUUGGGAGAUACUCCAUCCUCUGAACAACCCAGGGGCCGACUGGAUGGUGGACUGGAUGGGCAUGGGCAAAGGCACGCACAGCAUGACGGCUGUCGUUGUGCCCAACUACUACCCAGACCCCCAUCCUCAUCUACUAUCGAACGAAGUUUGGGCUGGGGUGACCCCCUUUAAAGAUGCCUUCAAAGUCAUACAAGAUGCUGUUACGGAGGCCUUCAACGAGGAGACGAUUGCCAGAAUGGACUCGAUCAUUGUGAUGGGGAGGUUGGAAAACAUCGAGAUUCCGACCAACCGCCCAUACCUCCUCGAGGAGCGAUUGCAGUUCGCAAAAGACGUUUAUGGCGUGACUGGUGAAUGCUUGUCGAUUCUUCCGGUCUGGAGAGCUGGAGAGAGCAAGAUGUUCCCAGCCUGGCCCACCACAUCAGACGUAUACACCGACUUUCCGCCCUUGAACUCUCGCUUGGGCACACUGUUCAAGCUGAUUGACACCCUGUGCAGUGCCACAAAUCGCAGAAGAGACUGGCGCCGUGCGAAAGAUGUCAUUCUCCUCAAGUCCUUGCCUCCUUGGGACGCCCUCGCGACCCCCAAGACGGAAUCUCCGGCCUUUCUUCUCACCACUGAAACGAGCGAGAACGAGUGGCUCGCGAUUCGAAGUGCAAUCACAUCUUGUGAUGUCUCGGUGUCAUUUCUCAAGGCUUCUGAGGCGGAUUGGUGGCGGAGCAUCGCCAAGAGCAACAUCUGGGGUGUACGACCGGAAUUCAGUGACGACUCCGAGCGCUCUUGGUUUUGGUAUCGACACGCAUGGACUGACUUCAACGCCUCCAUGAUAAAAAAGGUCGACGGCAGUAAAUCGUUGCCGAUCCCCCGCCAGCUCAAGAAUGAGGCCAAAGCUGCCGCUGAGGAACUUCCUUUCGCCAAGAAGUCCAAGGUUGGCGUCGACGGCCUGAAGGGCACGGUCAAGGCCAAGGCCAAAGGGAGAAAGUCUGCGUUUACCUCGCGAAGACAUUUCGGACCGAGUCCUAUCUUUGAUCGUCCAAAGUCGCCGUAUAUCUCUCCUGGUAAUAGGCGACCGGUCUUCAUAGAGAGUGAAGAAGAGGAGACAACCCAGGGGCCUGAAGACCCUUUGCAGGAAGAACCAACUGAUGGUCUGGACCAAGAAAGACUCCCUCCUGAUGCUGAUCUCUGGGGAGAAGAUGACGAGCCUAUGGAGGAUGUGGCAGAGGACGCUGAAAAGGACGCCGAAGAGGACGCCGAAGAGGAAAGCGAGCCUAGCGGUCAAGAAGCCAGGCGUCCCGGAGUCGAGUUCGUAACUGAUUCUGAAUACGGCGAUGACGUUGCAUCUGUUUCUUCUGGACCAUCAGACGCACCGGUCACCUUCUCUGAGCGCACUUCGCGCUUCAAGCCCAUGGAGCCCAUGGACAAGGACGACCGAGCCAGAACGUGGGCUGAACAGCCUGGCAUCUUUGAAGGCUGGGACCCCAAGGCAUGGCCAUCCUGCAAUGACAUAGACAUUCCCAUCACGGCAGCACCGAUAGAAAAGGUCUUUCGAACGAGCGACAACGUCCCGAUGAUGACCAAGGCUGUACUCACGCCAAGCGAACAGGCUGAACUACAGAACAGCUUUUUCGGUGUCCGCAACAUUGCCCUGAAGCGCGCUAUGCAGUGUCCGUUCCAGGGCUGCGACUUCAGCCACCGUCUCGAUGAGCCAGAGGCCAUUGAGCAGCACGCCAAGCUUUUCCAUCAGGCGAAGAAGUGCAUGUGGUGUGAUGAGCCGCUGUUUGAGUGGUGGUCGCCAGAGCAGAGGAUGGCUCACCUGCGCAAGAACCAUCAGGCUAAGCUCAUCAGGGCCUUGGGUAUGACGCAACCUGCUGGUGACAAGACCAAGCCGUUCCAGUCGUCGUUUGGUUCUGGAUCCCGCUGGCCUACCGGUACACGAAAACGCCAGCCUCCCCGGCAACUCAUAUAUCCUCUCCCCUGGUAUGACUAUCCUGGACCCCUUGUCCACGAUGAUCCUCCUAUGACGUGUCCUAUUCCCGAUUGCUUUGCCAACAACUUUGAGUACCUGCAAUCUCGUCAGAUAUGGGAUCACUUUGCAAAGAAGCAUCCCGAAGGCACUUUGGAUCGCUGCCCCCUCUGCCAUCUGCCGUUCGUCUACACAGCAGAAGACAAAGAGACUGGCAAGAAGGUGAAACAGCAUCAUCCAGAGGAUGAGUGCAUCAAGCACUUUGACUGUCACAUCUGGGAGCUCUGGGAUAGUCUGAUGCCCAAAGGAAAGUAUGCCACGUACGACUUUGUAACCGAUUUGCCACCGCCGGGUCCUUAUGGGGACUUGGAGGGCGAUGAAGAGAUGAUGGCUCGCGGGGCUGCUCGCUCACAGGCAAAGGAUGCUGCUCGUCAGAAGGGCGGCAAAGGGGCCCUUCUCCCUCAGGAAGAGCACCAAGCAGACACUGCUGAAGAGGAGCAAGCAGCUGAUACUUCUAAGAAAGACCCCCGAUGUCCCUUCUUUGAGAAGUGUGGUGCUAUCGUUGGCUCCAUGACUGACGAGCAAUUCCGCCGCCAUAUACGCGUCAGCCAUCCAAAGGAGGUCCAGAUGGUCGACUUUGACUCUGAGGAUGGGGAAGCAACAGAGGAAGAGGCUCCCGCCCCCCGUACUCGGACACCAGCGCCUACUCCUAGACCUGCUAUUCAGCCAGAGGUCACAGAGGUCACAGAGGCCGAGGACGCUCAAACUGACGAGUCAAAUCGUCCUUCUUCCGAGACCGUACAGUCUCGGACGUCGACAUCCAAGAAGAGGAAGCGCAACGUGAAGCCUCGCAAUCAGGCUAUGAGUCAGGGAUCAGAGGAUGAACUUUCUGGCCUCGCCAGUGAUACCCCUUCCCGCCCCUCUCGAACCCGCACUCGCGAGAAACUGGUCCCGAUUGAACUUCAACCUCUUGAAGAGACAGACGUCUACGCCCCGGCGGCGAGUGAGUCUAGAAGCUCAGCGACCCAGGGCAGAGAUCGUCCUCCCAAGAAGGCCCGGAGAGAGCGCCAACCACGUGAUGAUGAUGGCGAGUAUGAGGACGAUGCUCACAGUACAGAUGAUGAGCCUGAAGAACAGCCUGAAGCACCGAAGCGCCCACGACGAGCUCGAUCUCCAGACUGGAUCAGGAAACUCGGCCCCGGAGACCCCAACUUUGAACCAAGCGAUGACAUGUACUGCUCAAAGUGUCUCCGCAAGGCUCCCAAGAGCGGAAACAAGAGUCCAAGCCGUUCCCCCCUCGGCCGCGAGAAGGAGCUCGAGUGUCACUCGGACGUCAACCGAUGCUGUAGGAUCCGCAACGGCGAAGGAUCCUCCGAGAACCUCCCCAACCGCAGUGGCUGGAUCCGAGCUUCUGACCUGCCCGCUAAGCUCGGCCAGAUCAAGUCACAGUUCACGUCAAAGUAUCCUGCUUAUGAUCGCACCAUCUAUCCGACCAAGCCGUCUGAUAACAACGCGUCCGUGUGGCGAUCUGACCCCAACAACGACGACAAUGAGCCGUUUUGGAACAUGCCUUGGCCGCCUUACGAGGGACAGCCUCCGUUCCCUGGCUCGUGGGAAGACCCCGGCAUUCCUGUCGAGGAAAGGGGACGUAAGAAGCGUCGCGAUUCGUGGCAGGGAAGACAAGAGGACGAUCCUCUGUAUAGAUACCAGAGCGACGAAGACACGGACGAUGACUUGAAGCCUGAUGUGGAUGAUAUUGCCGAGCUGCAGGAGGAGGCGAGCAAUGACAAUAUCGAUACUGGAAUUGAAGAAGAUGAUGGUCCUGCGACGAAGAAGGCCAAGAAGACUCCGGGUAGUAAGUUCCUCUCAAAAUCAUGCAUGUCAAGUCAUGUACUAACAAGUCGUCUAGCAAAGCCAAAGCCAAAGCCAAAGGCCAAGAGGGCCAAGAAACCUCGCGGCAAGGCGGCCAGCAGCCAGCCCAGUAGAGCGUCGAGUAGAGUUCGACAGAAGAAGACUGGCGGUGCAAAGUCUAAGGGGCAGGCGUCGCAGGGUGUGUCUGAGGAUGCUUCUGGUGUUGGGGAGUAG